AUGUAUACUUGUGAAUGUCCCGUUGGUUUCAUGGGAACACAUUGUGAAGAAGCGAUUGAAGCAACUGGUACUCAACUUUCCUGUGAGAGUCAACCUUGUCAAAAUGGGGGCACUUGUGUUGAAGGUGAUAAUAUGUAUACCUGUGAAUGUCCUGCUGGCUUCAUGGGAACACAUUGUGAAGAAGUGAUUGAAGCAACUGGUGCUCAACUUGCCUGUGAGAGUCAACCUUGUCAAAAUGGGGGCACUUGUGUAGAAGGUGAUAAUAUGUAUACUUGUGAAUGUCCUGCUGGCUUCAUGGGAACACAUUGUGAAGAAGCGAUUGAAGCAACUGGUACUCAACUUGCCUGUGAGAGUAUACCUUGUCAAAAUGGUGGCACUUGUGUCGAAGGUGAUAAUAUGUAUACUUGUGAAUGUCCUGCUGGCUUCAUGGGAACACAUUGUGAAGAAG